AUGUCGGCAGAUCAUUUCUUCCGGCGGGCGCUGCGUCCUCUGCUUGUCUUUCUAUGCUUUUUCAGCCUGACAUCUUUCUCCAAAUCCGACGAGCUCCAGCCCCUUCUAGAAUUCGAGUCGGCUCUACAAAAAUCAAACCCCAAUGUUUUCAGUUCGUGGACGCCAGGUAACUCAACAUGCAGCUUCAGCGGAAUUGUAUGCAACUCCAACGGGUUUGUCACAGAAAUCAAUCUCCCCCAACAAAAUCUAUCUGGGGUUCUUCCAUUUGAUUCAAUAUGCAAGCUUCAGGCGCUAGAGAAACUCUCUCUGGGCUUCAAUUUUUUGCAUGGUGGCAUCUCUGAGGACUUGAAGAAUUGCACUUGUUUGCAACAGUUAGAUUUGGGUUGGAAUUCAUUUUCUGGGAAAGUGCCUGAUUUGUCUUCUUUAGGCAAAUUGAAGUUACUGAGUUUAAACAACAGUGGGUUUUCUGGGCAAUUUCCAUGGAGAUCGUUGGAAAAUCUUACGAGUCUCACUUUCUUAAGCCUCGGGGACAUUGUCUUUGAGAAAAGUCCUUUCCCUGUGGAGGUCUUAAAGCUUGAGAAAUUGUACUGGCUUUACCUGUCAAACUGUAGCCUUGAAGGACGAAUUCCAGAGGGUCUAGGAAACCUUACUCUGCUCGAAAAUAUUGACAUUUCCUGGAACCAAUUUUACGGUGAACUCCCCGGCGAUAUUGUAAAACUCAAGAAUCUUCGGCAACUCGAGCUUUACACUAAUUUCUUGACCGGAACACUGCCGGUGGGAUUUGGAAAUCUUACGAGUCUUGUAAAUUUUGAUGCGUCUGGUAAUAGCCUCCAAGGAAAUAUAUCCGAGGUGAGAUUCUUGACUAACAUUGCUUCUCUACAUCUCUAUGAGAAUCAGUUCACAGGGGAGAUUCCUGAAGAGCUUGGGGAGUUCAAUAAGCUUGUGGUAUUCUCAAUCUACGGGAACAAGUUUACGGGUCCUCUUCCUCAAAAGCUUGGCUCCGGCGCCGACUUUGUUUGCAUUGAUGCAUCAGAGAAUUUUUUUACAGGUCCUAUACCGCCUGACAUGUGCAAGAAUGGCAAAAUGACUAUUCUCCACCUGCUACAGAACGGGUUCACCGGUGGAAUCCCAGAAAACUACGCGAAUUGCUCGUCUUUGCAAAGGCUACGAGUAAGUAACAAUUCCCUUUCCGGUCUUGUUCCGGCGGGGAUAUGGAGGUUGUCGAACUUAUCCGCAAUUGAUCUUGCUAUGAAUAAUUUUGAAGGUACCAUCCCAAAAACAUGGGCAAUAGGAAGCAGCUUACGGGUGAUUGACUUAAGUGAAAACCAAUUUCAAGGUACCAUCCCAAAAACAUGGGCAAUGGGAAGCAGCUUAGUAAUAAUUGACUUAAGUGAAAACCAAUUUCAAGGCCAGCUACCAAGAUCAAUGACCAACUGUAUGAUGCUAGAGGUCAUUGAUUUCUCAGGCAAUAGAUUUGAUGGCGAAAUUCCAGAACUUGUGGAGAGUCUUAAAGGACUUCAUUUGCUAAAUCUAUCCAAUAAUGCUCUCACUGGUCAUAUCCCACCAUCUUUAGGGAACUUGACAAGUCUAGAAUCAAUGGACCUUUCCCAAAACAAGUUAUUUGGAGAGAUACCUGCACAAUUAACCCAACUCUUUUCUCUUGAAUAUUUCAAUGUCUCCAACAACCGCCUCACAGAAGCUAUACCACGUGGAAAUCAAUUCGACACAUUUUAG